AUGGAUUGCCCUGCCGUGCAGAGUGCCCUGCUGUUGGUCGUGAACCGCUUGUGUUUGAAGAAUCCAGAUGUCAAGGUUGCCUACGUGAAGGCGAAGAUUUUGCCACUGAUCUGGCAGAUCCUGGAGACCGAGAAUCUCUUCCUUCGUGGCCGCUCCUUGGCGGUCCUGGCCACCCUGGCGAGCAACUGUUUUUCGGUGACGGAGGAGAUGAUGCAGAUGGGCGCUUUAGAAUUGGCGGUGGACAUGCUGCAGUCACAUACAGAGAAUGCACAAAUCCAAGGUCGCUCCAUACAGAUGCUUUGGGGUUUCAUGCAGGUCAGUCGUGAUCCACAAGUAGAGGAGAUCUAUACGGAAGAGAUGUUGGACGUUGUGUUGACCUCCAUCCAAUCGCAUGCGACGAAGGAACAGUUGCAAAGCUUCGCCUUGGGCUUUCUGUGGACCUUCACCUCUUCUUCACUUCGGAAGAGAUGGCUCUUGGCACGCAAGGGCGUGGCGACGGUGUGCACGAGCUUGGAGGCAUUUCCACAUAGCUCCAUGGUACAGAGGCAUGGCCUGGAGGUGCUUCGGAGCAUGUCCACCUCGGACGGGAGGAAGUGGGUGCUCUCGGAUGGGCCCAGCGUGGAAGCGGUGACCGGUGCGCUGAAGCUUCUGCGGCACGACGCGGAGGUGAUGGCCGCCGCGCUGGGGCUUUUGGGGAACUUGGCCUGUGGCAACGUGGAAUUCAAGCGACGAGUCUUCAAAGAAGGCCUUUGCAACCAAGUUCUCGUGGUGAUGGAAGAGCAUGCCAGGGAUGUGGCGGUUCAGGUCUUGGGCACCUGGGCCUUGGGUGUCUUCGUGGGCCUCAGCCAGAAACGCGCACGGGAACUCUUCGAGCUGGGCGGCAAGGACCGGGUCUUCGCGGCCAUGGCCGAGCACGCGCUGAACGACAGCAUCCGGGCCUAUGGCCCACUUUUGGUUCGGCGCCUGGAACUGGUGCAGGAGAUGACGGUGAACGCGGCCAACAUGGAGGAUCAGGAGUUGGAAGCUGAGGAGUUGGAUGUCGCACCCAGCCACUCCCAGCCAUCGGGCUCUGUGACUCACCGAUCGAACUCUGAAGGGGGCUAA